AUGGGCAAUCCUGCAGACAUUGUCAACAUCCGCAUGCAGGCCGACAGCCGGUUGCCCCCUCAGCAGCGACGGGAUUACAAACACGCACUGGACGGGUUGACGCGGGUCGAAAAAGAAGAGGGACUUGCAGCACUGAUGCGCGGUGUGCGGCCAAACAUGAUCCGAGCCAUGUUACUGACUACAGGCCAAAUCGCCGCCUAUGACUUGGCCAAAUCAGCGCUUCUAGCGAACGAGCGCGUGAUGAUGCAAGAUGACCUCAAGACCCACGUUGUGGCGAGCAUGGUGGCUGGAUUCGUGGCGACGACGGCGUGUGCCCCGGCUGAUGUCGUCAAGACGAGACUCAUGAACAUGCACGCGCAGGAGUACAAAAGUGCCACGGAUUGCUUCGUGCAAGUGAUCAAGCACGAAGGCGUGAGGGGGCUGUACAAGGGAUGGCUGCCCGCGUACAUGCGCCUUGGGCCACAGACGCUACUGACGUUUGUGUUUCUAGAGCAACUGCGCAAACGUCUGCUGUAG